AUGGUACGCCAAGCGAGAUCCCCUCCCCCCGUCCCUCUAGAGGCGCUAUGUUUCUAUCAUGAGCCUGAACGAGAGGAGAUGGCGCCUGCUGCUGGAGCUAAGAAGCAAAAGAAGAAGUGGUCGAAGGGCAAGGUCAAGGACAAGGCUCAGCACGCCGUCCUUCUCGACAAGACGACAUCCGAGAAGCUCUACAAGGAUGUCCAGUCCUACCGUCUGGUCACUGUCGCCACCCUCGUCGACAGAAUGAAGGUCAACGGUUCUCUGGCUCGCAAGUGCCUUGCUGACCUCGAGGAGAAGGGCCUCAUCAAGCCCGUUGUCACCCACAGCAAAAUGAAGAUCUACACCCGCGCUGUCGGUGGUUCCUAA